GCCCCACCGGACUCGGUGACCCAUACCCGUUUAGGAGCGCUGGGUCGGGUUAUUAUGACUCACGCUGGCGGCACGUGUUCGUUCUCCACUUGCGAACAGCGAGAGUAGUCCUACUCAUGAGAAAUAAAUAAAUAAAAGCCCAUAUAUUAUUGUCAUAUAUUUCAGAAAAAGAGAAAAAAGGGAAAAUUCAGAGAAGGGGAAGAAAGACGAGGGGAAAACGUCAUGCCCCAAACAAUCACUGCAAAAGGUUGUUUCUCGGCAAGAAUUUCCGGCUGUUUCUCAGUUUUCGGUUUUGCUUUAUCAGGGAAAGGAGUAUUUCUCGGGUUCGAGUGCAUGAGGUUUUGAUUUGAAGGAGCCUGAGAUUCAGAAUUUUCAGAUUGUUUUCCCAAGCUCUUGAACCAGCAGACAAACCUAGGGAAUGCAUGGGAGUGAUUCUUGCUGCAGUGCUAGCUUCUGAAAAGUGAUGACGCUAGAGGAUUUUUUCACUUUAACUGAAAUGAAUAGCGGGCUUGCAAGCCCUUCCCGGGUCAGGGAACUUGUCGCCGUUAUGGAGAAAGAGAGCGAUUGUGCUAUAAAGAAUACUGGCGAAGCUGCCAGGCAGUGGGAUGCUGUGGCAAGUGCUAUUGCUGCGACCGAGAACAAAGAGUGUCUCGAACUCUUUAUUCAGCUAGAUGGUCUGCAGUUUAUUGUUAAGUGGCUGAAAGAGGCACAGAAGCUCGGGGAUGACUCCAGCGAUGAUUCUGUAGAGGAAUCAAUUACUCACAUGCUCCAAGCACUUGGGAAAUUACAUGUUGGCUAUGAAAAACUCGUUGAUUCUGCAAUGUUGACUACUGUCAAAGAUCUCCUUGGACACAGCAGUUCUAAGGUGAAGGAUAAAGCUCAGGAGCUGUUUGAUAGCUGGAAAGGUGCAAAAGAUGGUGAUUCUUCUCACUCUACUGUUGAAGGACUUGAAGCUUUGAGGGUUGGGGAGAUCGGGAAAAGUGGUGAUAGCAAGAGUGGCAGUGGACAUUCGGAAUCUCCUCAAAAGGAAAAGGAGCAGGAAUCAAUGAGAGAUGAGCCAAUGCUAUCUGCUGUUUCUGAUGCCGUCAACGCUGACGAGGCCGAAAACACUGACAAGUUGGAGGAAAAAACUGUCCCUGUAGCUGGAGAUGAUACUCCUUCUGAUCCUGUUGGCUCGCCUUCACUUGCGAAGGCAGCAACAGCACUUCCUCAAAUUUACUCAGUUGAUGUUGUCUCUGCCAAAUCAAGUACUGUGGCCGUUUCUGAAGAUAUGCUCGAAAGUGGAAUGAAUGUUGACGAGAUACAGCCUGCUGGGGAUGGCAAAGUAUCGGAAGGUUCUGGUGCUGAAGAAGCAGUGAAGUCUCGAAGCGCUGUUGCAGAGCAUACAGUGGCUCCAAAUCCAGAUCCAUCAUCUCCUGAGCAGAGGAAAAAUGACGAUAAGGGGAAGAUCCCCAUGGAGAAUGCCAUUUCUGCUACUAAACAGGCUGAUGAACUUAAAGAUAGCAAACUCGGAACAUCCUCUGGUGGAAUCGAAAGUUGGGAAGGUAGCAAAGGAUUUGGGGCAUUCCUAGCUGGCAUGGCAGAUCAUGGAAAGGCGAGCGAACAUGACGAGGCUUCAAGUGAUGAUAAUCUGACAAGUAACUAUAAGUUUACCAAAAGUGCCAAAGAAAAUGUUAGGUCUGGUGAGAAAUCUGAUACUGAACUCCUUGGAAUUGUGGAUCCUCUAGAAAUGGCGCGGCAAGUUGCAAUCGAAGUGGAGCGAGAAGUUGUAGAUUACAGGCGAAGUGGCAGUGGCUCUGGGAUACAAACAGGUGAUAAUAUUCAGAUGCCGGAAAGCCCAGAUUCCGUCGGUGGUAGGCAAUCCCAUGAGAGCAGCAGGAGCUCAUCCAAGGAUGCGUCGAGCGAACCAGGCUUGUCUGACGAAGAAGAUUCCCCGAUCCAGGAUGAAACUAUGGCUGAGCAAACUAAUGCAAUCACUGAGGCAACGCAAGACGUCGUCACUGCAGAGAGAGACAUCCCUAGAUUUGAUCUGAAUCAGAAAUUCGACUUAGAAGAUGCUGAUCCUACGAGGAGCCAAUCCAGCGCAGCCGUUACUAUUGUGGCUACUUCAAUUGCGUCUACUUCUCGAGCAGCGGCAGCUGCUCCUGGAGUGUCUGUUACUACUCCCCUGGAAUUAGGUUCUGCUAGUUCAAGCGCUUUCCGCAGAGUUCCUGACAGUGAAAUUGAUCUUCCUACUGGGGAAGAUAACAGCAGUCCGAUGAUAAAGCGCGACUGCCUCGAUUUUGAUCUGAAUGUUGCUGACAAUCCCGAGGUUCGAACAGAAGAUCAACCCGUAGACACUCUGGCACUGAUGUCUUCUACAUUUGGCGCUCCCGGGGAAUCUUCUUCUGCCGGCGCAAAUUCAAAAUCACCGCAGCUUCAUCUGGACCUGAACCAUACCAGUGAAGAUCCUGCUCCCCCUGUGGUUAGGCAACUGUUUGGUUUCGACAUUGGGGCUAAUCCUUCGUCAUCAAAGCUGCCUUCUUUGAAGAACAUCGAUCUGAACGAUCAGCCGUCUUUUCUCAAGGGGAUUACUGGCAGCAGUUCCAAUUCGAGCAGGGCUCCUCAAAGCUUCAACUUUUCGGGUGAUUCCCGACCGGACAGUUCUGUGAUAUCCUUAUUGGGCACCCGUGUCGAGGUGAAUCGAAGAACCACAGCUCCUCAACCUGCUACUCCGUCUAACGGUCAGAAUCCAGAGUUUCCAUAUGAUAUGAACUCGGGCAGAGCUGGGAAUUUUCUCGGGGUGAUUCCUUUCGCCCAUUCCCCAGUUUACGGCUUCAACACAGCGACACCCCCUCCUGUUAUGCCAUUCCCCCCUACUGUAUUUGGAGCAGGUGCGCCAAUUCCUUACAUGGUCGACGCUAGAGGAACUCCUGUUAUCCCGCAGAUUGUGGGCUCUACUUCAGCUAUGCCGACUGGUUUCCAGCAAGGCCCGUUUUUCAUGAAUAUGAGCACUCCUCCGACUCCUUCGAAUGUUGGAUCUUCUCGAAGUGGUUUUGAUCCUCAACUCAUGCCAGGCGGAAGCAGGGAUGCUACUGGUUUUACCCAGUUCCUCAACUUAGGUCCAGUCAGGUCGAUGGAGGAGCCGUCCACUGUAACUAUAAGGUACAACCAUAACCUCCAUGCCAGUGAUGCAGUAAUGUACAACUCGAAUGCCAGGUCGAUGGAAGAUGCCGUAAGGUAUAACUCCCAGAGUUCUUACAGUCCAGUGGUCGGUGGAAAGCGGAAAGAACCGGAGAACGGGUGGGAUCAUGGUUCCGUUAGGAACCAGAAUCCCCCGUGGAAGUAGGGCGGCGGCGAUCGCAGUCGGGCCGGGCACACAGCCAAGUAGGACCAGCAGCCCGGCCCGGAACAGAACAGAGCAGGCUAGGAUCAUCAAGCAGGAUAGGUGGAGAAGGAUUUAUAGAGAAACUAAACAGUGAAGGAAGAAAGAAGAAGCGAGGAUGGCUUUGCAUUGCAGGUGUGUACUUAAUUUCGAUUCUUGAGAUCAUUACCAACCCACCCUUGCAUAGCACAGGUCAUUCAGACUUUUUAAUUUCUUGCUACCUUUUUUUUCUUAUUUUUCCCUUUCUUCUUUAGACAACAAAACCUUACAAACUACAUUUGAUAUGAUUUAAAGAAGAAAGGUUAUUGUGACUUAUUUAUGAUAUUGCUGCUGCCUUCCCCCUUCCUUCCUUAAUUUUGCCUUUGUGUUUGAUUUUUGA